CGUUUCUUGACAACUGUCAUACACUUCCUACAAGUAAAUUGUUGAUUUCGUUUUCGUUUUAUGUACUUCGGCUUUAAUAAACAAUGUUUACUCAAUGAGUAUUUUAUAUUUAAUUGUUAAAAAGUAAUAAACUCACCACAAUGGAACAUAGUAAUAGAUCAAGAAGGACAGAUUUAGAUGUUGCUAGUUUUCAAAGUGGGGAACCAGGCUUUGAUAGAGCACGUAUGAGAAGACCGUCUGGAGGUUUUGUAGAUUUAGGAAAUGAAUCACAAUAUGGUACAGGUGGACAUCAAGCUUCAGGGGCCAACGAGAUAUUUGCUGACGUGCAGGGAGACGUGCCGUGGUGGAAAUCUAAUUUUUUCAUUUCCCAGCCAGUUCUCUUUGGAACAUGGGAUGGGGUGUUUACAUCAUGUCUUAUAAAUAUUUUUGGAGUCAUUGUCUUCUUAAGGUCUGGCUGGAUGGUAGGACAAGCUGGUUUAAUUAACGCUAUAUUAAUAGUAAUUUUUACAGUUUUUGUAGCUUUGAUCUCAGUAUUGUCUGCUGUGGGAAUUUGUGAAAGAUGCAGAAUUGAAAGUGGUGGUGUGUACUUCCUAUUGGCACAUACAUUGGGAUCCAGAAUGGGUGGUGCAUUGGGAAUGAUUUAUUGUUUUGGGCAAGCAGUGGGAUGUGCUUUAAAUGUGUUUGGUUUUGGUGAAUCAAUGGCAAGUCUGGUUGGUACAGAGAAUACUUGGGCAGCCCGCGGAUUUGCUGUUGCAGCAGUUCUAUUGUUAGGCACAAUCAAUGUUGCUGGGGUCAAAUGGGUUAUCAAAUUGCAAUUUGUACUGCUGCUGAUUAUUUUAGUAGCAGCAUUGGACUUUUUUGUGGGAUCAUUUACUACUGUCCCAAAUCUUGAAUUUAAAGGAUGGCUUGGUGGAACAAUAGCCAAUAACACAUGGGCAGACUACCAAGAUGGAUACACAUGGUUUAAAUGUUUUGGGGUAUUUUUCCCUACUAUAACUGGAAUACUAGCUGGUAUUAAUAUGAGUGGUGAUUUGAGAAAUCCUUCAUUAAAUAUACCUAAUGGAUCAUUAGCUGCCAUCAGUACUGGGACUUUUCUUUACCUCAUGUUUGUUAUAACAUUAGCCGCUACUGUAACAAGAGAGGCGUUGCUUACAAAUUUCUCUAUAACAGCUGACAUGUCAGCAGUGAAAAUUCUACUACUCGCUGGAUUAUAUGUCAGUUCUAUGAGUUCUUGUCUGGGUGCUAUGUAUGGAACACCAAGAGUACUUCAAAGCAUUAGUAACGAAAAAGUCAUACCUGGUUUGGAUGCCUUAGGACAUGGGCGAGGCCCUAAUAAAGUGCCCAUUUACUCCAUGAUCGUAGUAGCAGUAGUGACCGUUACAUUCAUCAUCAUAGGAGAUAUCAAUAAACUUGCACCAAUUGUCACUAUGCCUUUCCUGAUCACUUAUGCUAGUAUUGAUUAUUCUUACUUUGCUCUUGCUCAAACAUUUGAUUUACAACACAAACGUGAAAUGAGAUUUCAGGGUCACUCGCCUAGAGACACCCAGGUUUAUGGCGCAACUGGGAGCGAUUUGGAUUUACUGUUUCCAGAAAGAAUUCGUCAUAAAACAGUUGGCGAUUUCACACCUUCACCUACUGAUUCCGCAAUUAUGAACGGACGUACGGCAAAUGGCGAUGUGCGUCCUGCUGUAAAUGUGCAUUCAAAAAAUAAAAACUGGUAUUCCCACUUGUGUAAUAGGUGGUUAUCUCUUGCAGGUGUGGCAAUAAAAUUGCUGUUGAUGCUGUUAGUGCACUGGAUGUAUGCUCUCGGUUGUUUGCUAAUAUUGUGGCUACUGUGGCUCUACAUUGGAGCGGCCAAUCCUGCCGUCAAACCCGGUCGUGCAUCUGAAUUCCAUUUUUUCCAUUGGUUGAAGAUAUCGUUCUUGCAUGCUAUCGGGAAACGCCCAUUGGAAUAUGAGCAACUGGUCGUCACUCCAGUGCAUGCUGACGUUUCUAUGGAACAAGAAAGACUGAAUGACGAUAAUGAAGACUUCGCCUCUCGUAGACGUUACCAUCAGUCCACGUCUCUCCAGACACAUCUUGUUAGUGUUGAUAGUUAAAUAUAAAUAAACACUGUGUAUUCAAUUAGAAUUAAGUAUAUGAUGAUGACGCGCAUUAAACUAAAAUUGUGAUAAAACAUUGUGAAUUGAAAUGUAUAGGAAAUGCGUGAAAAUAAGUUACAACGAUUCAUUAGGAUUUAAAAAAAAUGCUAAAAUAUAAUAACGCAUAUGUAUCUACUUACCCUGCUUUGCAUUCCAUUCAUGAAAGUAAACAAUUCUAUAGUAUA